CUUCUACAUAAACCUUAGCAGCCAUCAAGCCCCUGUGUCGUCAUCCUUUUGCCCGCCUACACAAUCUAAAAGACUUUCAUCUGCAGCAGCGAUGCCUUCUUCCGAGGAGGCAAAGUCCACGCAGCGCUUCAGCUGGAAAAAAGCGAAUAGUCUACUAACCGAAACCGAGAAGAACCGUAUCUGCUGUCUCCUACUCACUUGCUUUGAGCAGAUCAGGCCUACAGGUGAGGACUUUGAACUUGCCGCAGCUCAGUUCGGCGCCGCCAAGGGCGGCUUCUGCAAGAUGUACCAGACGACGAUCAAGAAGCUAAAGGACGCCAACGCAUUCAUCGUUGAGGGUGAGAAUGUGGACGACGUUCCGACGCCUCCAAGCGGACAACAGGCUCCCAGAACGCCGAAGAAGAAGGCCACGAGGCGCAAGAACGUUGCAGGUGAGGACGGAGACGAGGCGGAGGGCACGCCAACGUCGAGCAAGAAGCCACGGGUCCAUAAGAGUAAGGAAGGUACUAAAACAAAAGUCGCAAACGACAAUGCAGAUAGCGAGCUGCUCCAAGACGAGGAGGCGGAGGCUUAGGCCGUCGCCGAGUCGAGAGACGAUUGCGAUGGGCUUUCAUACUGGGAACAUAUGAGUGGGAUCCAUUUGAAGUGAGAGCGAUGGAAAGGCAAUUUUUUUUUUCUCCUAGCACAUGCACUCCCGAGUCGCUGCGGUGCGUCCGAACGUAGAGGAAGGGCGCAACACCGACAUUGCGUGCGGUGGAACGGCCCCGAUCCACGAGACCAUUGCGCUGGCUUUCCCAACGCUGCACAGCUUGCUCAAGUUGGAAGAAAAGAAAGGCGAGAAGGGCGACAAAGGUAAAGGGUUUGACGUGAUCGCCGCGCGUGGUCGAGCGUUUGUGACUUGAAGGGCAUUGAUUAGUGAGAAAGAAAUACUAGGUACC